AUGAGUGAAUCACCUGUGAAACGACAUAGGAUUUCAAAAACCACGAGUGAAACAGGUGAGACUCAUCGAAAACGUGUAAAGAAGUCAUCCAGUACUGAGAAAACUAAAAAUCGAGAAGUUCUUCGCAAUAAAUGGAAAUUAUUAAUUGCCAAGAAAGUUAGAAAAGCGAGAAUUCGAAACGUAUCAGAUAUAGAAAAGUAUAACAGAUCGUAUAUUCAUUUCUAUAAAUCGAAAACAAAGAUGGCAUUCAAAAAAUGGAAAUUAAAAUUCGAAUGGAGACAAUUAUUACACGAAAUACUCUUCAAAUAUCGAAUAGAUAACAUCCAUAAAGAAGCUGAGAAGACUUCUAUUGAUUCAUGGGAAAGAUUUUACAUCGAAUUACAACGUGAAAUCAAAACACAAAAUAUCAUUGCUGCAUUUAAUGAAAGAGACAAUGAAAAUCUCCUCGAGAAGUGUUUCUCUACAUGGAAGAACAAAAUAUUUUUUGUUAACGAUCUUCAUAAAUAUUAUCGCGAGAAAUGGUUCACAUUACUUGAAGGAUUGAUUGAUAUUGACAAAGAAGAAAGACAAAAACUUUGUUUACAAGCAAUUAAUUACUACGAAAAUUGGAAAUAUUUUUCACAGCAAUUACUUCACAAUUCUUACAUACAAUCUCUUACGAAUGCUAAGAAUACAGUUGACCUUCUUCACAACUGGAAUUAUUUCGCACUUCAGCUUAAAUUAAAUCAAAUCAAAUUAAUCCACGAAUCCGACAAGAAUCGUUGUUUAUUACGUUCCAAAUGGAUCAGUAUCAGUAAUGAAAUGAAAUACAGAAACCAAAUUGAAGUUCUGGAGUAUCAACGCAAUGAAUUAAACAAAUCUUUGAAGAUUUACGUUUUAAUUGACAAAAUUGUUAAACAAACAAGAACAAAGGCAUUCUUAGAAGCAAGAAAAGAACUUACAGAUAAAACACGUCGUACUUUACUUACGAAAUCAAUCAGAAAAUGGCACAUCGAAACAGCAUCAAACAGAAAAGUUACACAAAUAUCAAGGAAGUGUUUCCAAGACUCUUUGAGCGAUUACAUGGUUGGCGUUGGUUCCAGGAAUGCAACAAAGAUCAAGAAAUGGUACAAAUCAGUUAAUGAAAAGCGGAAAUUAAACAAGUCAUUGCUUUCAAAAUGUUUUAUUAUGUGGCACAAGUUUAUUCCAAGAUUUAUGGAUACUAUUUUUGUUACUCCAAUGUUAAAUGCAUCAUUGAAGAUCCCUGAAGUAUUCUCAACAAAGAUAAUGCCAAUUAAGAUUCCAAACAACAUUUCUGUCUGCAAAGACAUUGUUUCUUUCAGAUUGAAGACAAGAGUUUAUGAAAAUAAUUCAUUUUUGAAUCAAAACAGAAAAGAAGUUGAAAAGAGAUUUGACGAAGCAUUAAAGAAAGAUGGACUUAAUGUCAUUGAUAGAUUUAUUCCUGAUGAUGUUGCUCAGAUUGUUUCAGGAAUCAUGAAAGGUUUUGAUUUCCAUUAUCCAACAGAAACUGAUGAAACAAAGCCAAAGAAUUUCGAUUUGACAGAAGAAUUCAUCAAAGUUCUUGAUAAUUCCGACUUCUUCAGUGACAUAUUCACUCAGUUUAGUCCAAGGAACAGACAAGAGUUGAAACAAGAAUACGAAAACAGUGGAAGUUUUUCAGAUGACAAAUAUGUUUUCGAAUAUCCUCCUGAUGCAUCGUUUUCAAAGAGAGAAGAUGAUGCGACAGAGUUAAAGACCAGCAAAGUUAAUCUUGACGAAUUAUCUUCUUCAAUGGAUUUGAGUGAUCAGGAUGAUAUUGGACUUGAUACUCAAAAAUUGAAUCUUAUAAAUCCAUCCAAUUUUGUAAUUGAAGAAAGAAGCUCAAGUAUCAUCACAGACAUGGCAAGUGACAGUGAAGAAGAAGAUAAGUUUGAUAUCAAAGAUUUGACUUUUGAAACAGAAAAACAAGAAGAUGAAGAUAAAGAUGAAAUGAAGAAAUUGAUCGAUGAAAUGACAACAGAAACACCAACACAAGAAACAAACGAAGAUAACACAAUCCACAACGACGAAGAAGAGGCUGAUUCCAAUCAACAAACUUUAGAUUUCAAUGAAACAGUUGAUAAAGUUCAACAACCAGAUGAAACAGUUCCGGAAACUAUUGAUAAUCAAGAAGAAGAGGAUCAAACAAUUGAUAAUGAUAAGGAACAAAAUCAGACAAUUCCAGAAUCUUCCAAUUCUUCGCAAAAUAAAAUUGAAGAAGAAGAGGAUGAAGAAGACAAUUUUGAUCUUGAUUUAUCAUAUCAUUUAGAAGAUGAUAAAGAUCUUUUGAUGAAUAAUAUCGAAGAAGAAAUUGAUGAAUCUAUUCCACAAACAAUUGAUUCAACAAAAGAUGAAGAAAUCCCACAAACAAUCGACAAUGAAAAUGUUGAAGAAGAAGAACAUCAAUUUAUUCAACAAAAACAAGUAAAUCAAGAAGAGGAAGAUGCAAUCAUUGACAAUGUUGAUGAAUAUUCCGAUGAAGAGAAUGGAAAUCUACCAAUGUCGAGAAAUAUCAAACCUAUUUACAAUGAAGAAGAAGAAAAACCUGAACAGAAAAAUAUUAAAUCUGAAGAAGAAGAUUUUGUUAUCGAUGAUAAUGAAAAUCAUCAAGAUAAUGAAAUUGAAGAAGAGGAAGAAGACUUUGUAAUUGAUGAAGAGGAGCUAAUAAAGAAAGAAAAAGUAACUCCAAAGAAUCAAGAUAAUGAGGUCGAAGAAGAGGAAGAAGAAGAUUUUGUUAUUGAUGAAGAAGAGGAACUAAUAAAGAAAGAAAAAGUAACUCCAAAGAUUCAAGAGCAUAAAAUCGAAGAAGAAGAGGAAGAAGAUUUUGCAAUUGACACUGAAGAAGAAAAAAGUCAACAAGAAAUUCCAAUUGAUAAUCAGCUUCAAUCUCAAGAAGAAGAGGAUAUUCCAAUUGAUAAUUCAAUUAAUGAAGAAGAAGAAAAGCCAGAGAAAAUGAUUCCUUUAUCCUCAAAUGCAAUGGAUUUAAUGGAACUCGAAGAAGAAGAGGAAGAACAUGAUAAUUCAAAGGCAGUAUUGAUUCCUUCAAAGCAACAUUCGUCAUCGUCUAAUGAAGCUGAGGAAGAAUCCCUUGAUGAUUUCGCUAAGUUUAUGAAAGGUGAAGCUCCUCAAGAAAAACAGAAUGAAGAAGAAGAGGAAAAAGUCGAAAUCCCUCAAAUUAAACUACCUAAUUUCACUGGCUUAUUUACACAGUUCCUUCCAAACGAAGUAAGUUGGAUGAUCAUUGAUACUUUAUAUCUAAUGGACACAAGAAUUCUUGGAUUUGAUGAAACUGAAGAAACAGAAGAAGAAACUUCUAACGAGGAAUUAGAAAAGUCAAAUGAAGAGGAAGAAGAAAAUUAUGGAGCAGAAAUAGAAGAAAGGAAUAUUGAUGAAAAUGAAUAUAAUUCAGAAGAAGAAAAUAAUGAUGAAUCUAAAAUCAAUGUUCCAUUUAUUGAAAUGCCAGGAUUGGAUGAAUGGUUGACAAGAACUUAUUCAUCAUUAGUUGCUCGUUUUGUUCCAAGAGUUUUCUGGGAUUUGCAGCCACAAUAUCCAUUAGAGAUUAAUGAUGAAGAGAUUUUGGAUACAAAUGAUGUAAUGAGGUGGAUGUCUCAAUCAAUGAACAAUUCCAUUUCUAACAUAGUUAAACUGGCUCAAGUUAAUAUAAUAAUGAAUUUAAACAUUAAUCCAAUAGACAAAGAAGAUUUAGCUUUCUUAAAUGAUGAAGAAGAGGAAGAGAAAACAGAUAAAGAAUAUUCUUCCGAAUAUAAUUCUCAAGAAGAUCAAGAACCAAAAGAAGAAGAAUCAGGUGAUGAAUAUAACGAUUAUUCUUAUAUUCAAACGGAAUCUCCAAAGAAUACAAUCAAAAGCAACGAAGAAGAAUCAAAAUCAAGUGAAAAUAAGAAGAAAGUUACGUUCGAUUUCGACACAAAAACAUUCGAAGAAGAAUUGCCUGACGAAUGUAACCAUUUCACUAUUACAUUGGACGAAAGUUUCGUAAGAGAUGUUGAAGAACCAAUGAUAAUUAUGCAGAAUUUAUUAGAAGGAACAAAUCGUUAUUCAUUCUUAGGAUCUAAUUCUGAAACUUUGAUAACUACAACUACAGAUAAAUCAAGUGAAAAAGAAGAAGAAAAAAUUGAAAUUCCAGAGAGUUUCAUUCUUUCUUUAGACGCAACUAUUAUUUCUAUUGUUAAUGACUCGAUACAAAGUCCAUUAUCAAUAUUAUCUUUCCAAGCUUUGACAAAUGAACAGGAAGAUAGAUUAGCAAAUCCAGAAUUACCGACUAUAACUGCAGAACCAAACUCGGAUAGUGAUGAGAUUGUAAUUAGGAAUCAAAGCCCUGAAGAUAAACCAAAAGUUUCCUCGGACCAACUCAAUCUGCCUCCGAAAUUUUUUCGUCAAGAAAAAGAAUUCAGAGCAGAAAGAUUUUUUCGUGGUGGAGUGGUUCCGGAAAUUCGUGGCACUUCUUCAAAUGCUUAUUCUCCUAAAGUUUGUGUCCCGAUUCGACUCGGACAAGGACUAACAAUCUCAAAACCAAUCGAGGCCGGAAAUGACAUCAAAACAUCUGAUUUUAAUACUUCUACAACUUCAGAAAAUCAGAAAGUUAAAAUUGAAAAACCAAAGAAAAGAAGUCCAAAGAAAAAGAAAGAAAACAAAAAAGAUAAAGCUGAAGAACAAGUUGUUAGUGAAAAAGUUAUAUCUGAUUUUGAUGAUAACAGCAAACCUGUUUUAAUAUCUUCUGCUUCUUUACCAAAACCUCCUUCUCUUCCUGAUAUCAAAAAUGAAGAAAAACCAAGUCAUAAUUUCGAAUUUCCUCAAAAAUUUUUUGAUUUCUUACCUCAAAUCAUUAAUGAUGCAGUCAAUUCAUCAUUAGAUAGACAUCUUAACAUCGUCUACGUUCCAUUAUUUAUUGAGAAUUCCAACAACAAAAAACAAAAUGAUUCUCUUCCUUUAUUGAACAAAAGAAAUGAAACAACAAAUGAUGAAACAAUUCCUUUGCUCAGUAAAAAGAAUAAUGAUACUAAUGAUGACAUUCCUUUAUUAAGUAAGAGAAACAAUGAAACAACAAUUGAAGGAACCAUUCCUUUAUUAAGUAAAAAGAAUAAUGAUACAAAUGAUGAUAUUCCAUUACUCAGUAAAAGGAAUAUCGAAACAAAUGAUUCUAUUCCUUUAUUAAGUAAAAGAAAUGAUACUAAUGAUGAUAUUCCAUUAUUGAGUAAGAGAAAUGAUGAAACAAACGAUGAAUCAAUUCCUUUACUCAGCAAAAAGAAUAAUAAUUAUGAAUCAAUUCCUUUAUUAAGUAAAAGAAAUGAUUACACAAAUGAAUCAAUACCUUUACUUAGUAAACGAAAUCCGGAUGAUGAUAUACCUUUAUUAAGUAAGAGAAGAGAUAUUACAGAUGAUGAAUCAAUUCCUUUACUCAGCAAAAGAACCGAAAAACCUUUAUUUGAUGUAACUAACAUCUCAAAGAAGUUUAUACAAAAUCAACUUGAUAACUCUUUGAAAGCAUCAAUUAAUGAUGCAGUUUCACGAAGCAUUCCUUAUCCUAUUAUGACAAAUGACAUUUCACAAAGUUCUAAACCAAAUUACGUUCAAAUGGCAACCAAAAAAGUUGGAAAUGAACUUGAUAAAUCAUUAAAUGAAAGUAUUAAUUCAACUCUCAACAUGAUCAUGAAGCAAAUAGAUUUCGGACUAGCAGAAAAGAUAGAAAAACCAAGCUUAAUUGAAAAAUCAUUGAAUGAAGCACUCACAUCUGCUGUUAACCAAUCUGUUAUAAAUUCAAUAUACCAAAUUUGUUUUGUUUAA